UUACAAAAGUUUCACAACACUAUGCAUCACGGUAAAAAAGUCUAGCUAGGGUAGGGCUUUGUUUGUAAAGUGGAAAUUAAAUGUAAAAAGAAACUUUUAGAGCUAUUGUAGAGUAGUUAAAAAUGUGAUAGUGUAAUGUUGAUUUGAUAUAAGUUACUUAAAAUAUUAUAGAAUAUUUAGAUUAAUUAUUGUAAAUACAAAACUAAAUAAAUAAUUGGUGACCUUGAGCGUAAGCAAUACAGCUGUCAGAUAACCUAACCACAAUUUUUGUAAACGAAAGAUGAAAAUACGAGUUUCUAUUGUGAAGUGUUAUUUUAUGCAUCGUAGAUAAAUAUCCUUUGUAACAAUGGAUGAAACCGUCACGCACUACAUAACUUCCCACCCAGCUGAUGAGGCGGUACAUGUGGAUGGAAAUGCCUUAGCCCUCAAUGUGCAGGAUGAUGGAGGCGGCAGGGUGUCCAUCAUGCACUCCCAGACAUUCUCCACCUCACUCUGCAGACAAGUAUCAGUGGGAGACCAAGUGGCUGAGGGUCAAUGGGGGGAAGAGCUGAUGGACCCAGAAGGCAGGCUAGCAGCUCUCAUGGCCCACAUCACCUCUCAACAGUCGAGGGGCCAGCCUCAGAUGCAUCAUAAGAUACAUACAGUGAGGGGGGAUGUGGAUAGCUCAAUAAUCCUGGACAGCUCCAUGAGGCUAUUCCAUGGCCCUCCAAUGGACCAGUCGCAAGACGCCAUAGUGGUAGAUAUAGGCCACCUGCCUCCUCUGCCGCCCUUGCAGGACAUGAAACGGUGUCCUGAAACCGACUGGUUUAGUAACAAGGCCAAACCACCACUUAAAGACGACUCGUCCAUGGUGGAGUCAGAUGGGCCAGUACUAGAGUUAGGCCCGGGAGCGUCGCCAGCGCAGCACAAACAUCAGAGCAAGAAGAGUUUGCCGCACAAGAAGAGAAUAUCUAGGAAAUUGAAGAAGAAUAACGGCAACAGUACUCCUCAGCAGCAGGAGCUGGUGGUGAUCAGCUGUUCGGACGUGGACUCUCGCAUGGGGCUGGCGGCGCCGGGCUCGGAGCAGGAGAUCCUGCCCGACACCUUCGCGCCGCACCACGCGCACCACAUCACGCAUGAGGUGCGUCCGAUCUACAUCUGCCAGCUAUGCGGCGAGUUCUACGGCGAAGAACAGCUGAAGUUCUACCAGCAUCUCAAGCAACACUAUGAGCCGCACAUUAUUAUUGAAAACCCCGUGCCUGAUUUAGGUAUCGAUAAGAUGUCCAACACCUGCAUAGUAGACAACGUAACAACGAUCCCAGAUUCAAUCGUAGAACUGUCUCUCGAGAACACCAUACCUAAAACCAUGUACCAAACGAUAGACAAGCACGUGCUAUAUACUACAAGCGAUAAAACAUACACGUACCCUAACAAUAAGGUCCAAUAUUCCAUGGCAAGUAUGGACAAGGAACCACCCACAGUGGUACAAGAGGUUGAGAAGACGGAUUUGUAUGACUCGUUGGAUAAAUUGGAUUUGUACAGCUGCGGGAAGUGUAAUAAGUCGUUUAGAAAGCAGAAGCAGUGUGAAGCGCAUAUUAAAGAGGUGCAUAGUAAUAUGAAGCUCGAAGAUAUGGGCGAAUUCAGCGAACCAGAAGACCUAAUGGAAGGCAUCCACGUCGCCGUCGACGAGCCGCACGAAUCGCACGUCCCACACGAUACGCACGUUCCACACGACACACACGUGCCGCACGACUCGCACGACGCGCACGAAUCGCACGCGCAACAUCAACAGUACGAACAUACGUUGCUGCCGCAUCUGACGGUGGAAAACGGACAUGCACAUCAAGAGAAUGUGAGACAUUGGUACGGUCGUGGGCCCAGUACGGCUCCCCCCGGCGGCGCAGGUCCCCCGGGCGCGGUGCAGUGCUGCGCGGCGCCGCAUGAUACACAACACCUCAAGAUGCUUAAAGCUAACUCGCAAUAUGAGAUCCUACGCCGUAUCCUAGAAACAGACGUGACAGCCAACAACCAGAAUUUCGCCGACAACAUAAUUCCCGACAACGCCGACAAUAUAAUAACCGAAAACCCCGACAACAUGAUGUCCGACAACGCCGACACUUCUGACCUACCUAAUGACAACCCACCCCCUGAUGACACUCCAGCUAGUGAUGUCAAACCUGAUGUGGAAAAGAAGAAGAGUAAACAUUUCGAGUGUCCGGAGUGUCCGAGAGUGUUUCAGCAUAGGAAUAGUUUGUUGUAUCAUUUGUUGUCGCAUAGUGGGAAGCAACAUAUGUGUCGAGAGUGCGGGAAGGGAUUCUAUACGGUUGCUGCGCUUAAGAUCCACAAGCGCGUGCACAACGGCGACCGUCCGUACAAGUGCGACGUGUGCGGCCGCGACUUCCGACAGUGGAGCGACGUCAAGUACCACAAGAUCUCCAUACACUCCGACCAGAAACUAUUCAAAUGCGAGUUCUGUGGCAAGGAGUUCGCUCGCAAGUACUCCCUGAACGUGCACCGUCGCAUCCACACGGGCGAGAGGAACUACAAGUGUGACUACUGCACCAAGACCUUCCGAGCCUCGUCCUACAGGCUCAGCCAUAUGCGGACUCAUACCGGUGACAGACCCCACAAAUGUUCCCAGUGUGACAAGAGUUUCCGCGUGGGAGGCGACCUGCGCCGACACAUGCUCAUACACGACAAAGUGCGGAACAGGAUCACAGACCAGAAGACCAAGCCCAAAGACAAGGACGACAAGAAACCCAUAGACAAAGCAGACGACAAACCUAACAUCAAAAUAGAAUCAUCUAAAAUUAAGAAAAUUGCCCUAGCAUCUACUACUAAAGGUCCCAUCAUUUUAAGGUCUUCUGAAAAGAAAACUAAGCCUAAUAAGAAAAACCAUAGUCCCAAAAAAGGAGCGCCCAACGUAACCAUAGACCAGCUAGAUGAAAGCUAUACAAAUAACGUGGAAGUGUUCGACACGAGGCAAGACGGACAUUAUGGAAAGUUAGUUUCUGCUAAAGAGGAAUAUAGUGAGUGUAAUUAUAAAGAGGAUCUCGAAAAUCCGUUUGCGAAGCAAGUUAUAGAGUACAAAGAGGAACAAAGCCAUGAGAGGGAACUUGCUAUACUGAGGCCUAUGUUUAGGAACAAUGUGCUCUGUGAUCAGACUGUGGCCGAACCCGACCAUACAGUGUUUAGGCAAGAGAAUACUGACGGGAAAAUGCAAGUGUACACACAUAUAGAGAAGGGUAAUAUCAUAGUGCCUAAUUCUCAAAUGUCGCUUGGACAUUUGGAGCGUGACGUGCGGACAGAGAUGCAUGAAACUACUGAAAACGGCUUCAUCGAGAGACUGACGGCGCUCUACAACAUACCCGCGGUAUGAGCCUCUGUGAUACACAAACAGACCACAUCAAAUAACUUUGCGUCUCUGAAGCUGUACGAAAUGCGCAACUUCGGAAGUGCAUAGUUAUCUGAUGUGAGCUGCAAUUAGUUUCAAUUUUAUCCAUAUAAAUUAGUAUUACGAUAGCUGCUACAAGGCGCUACUUGGCUUGAAAUGGCAAAAUUGGAUACGACUUUUCGUAUCAUAAGACUAAAAAUAUAUUAAAUAUUAAAGACUGCGAAUAUGAAAUACGAGUUUCCAUAUCCCCUUUUGCUAAGUAUUUAUUAAUAGAAAUAACUAUGUUUUAUUACAUUUUAUUUGUUGAAUAAAUGCUUAAAAUAUUAUCGAGUGACAUGGUAUAAUAUCUUCCGAAAGCUUCGUAGCGCCAAGAGUUAGUGGCAUCCAAACUUAAUACUUAGGACCAAAAUAUAUCAAAUAAUAAUGUGAAAGUUUUAUAAAACUAAGAUUUGUACCGCUUUGUUAGUAUUUACUAGGAUUUUAUAUCGGCACGGGUCUUACGCAGACACAUUGUAUAAUGUAGUCAAUUUAAUAAUGUACUAGAAUAGUCCAAAUACUAGUUCUUUUAUGUAAUCAAUCUUUUCUUUAAUUUUAUUUAUAAUUUUUGGACCGCGGUUACUAAGAAUCUUACUUUUAAUGCACUUAAUUUUACAUUAAUUUUGCGCGAUGUAAAUUCAUAACACUUCACAGAGCAAAUAAAAUAUACAAAGCUAGACUUUUGUCAAUCAGGAAUAAUCUUCAACUUUUAAAAAUACGGAAAUCCUUGCUUUUAUUAUAAAUGCGAAAGUAACCCUGUCUGUCUGUCGCACUUUUACCAAAACUACUAAACCGAUUAUGAUGAAGGGUAAAAAAUAUAGAUAGCCUAGAACUUUUUACCCCUAAGUCGCAUAGAGUUCCCUCGAGAUGAAAGUGAAACCUAGGAGAACACAUAGACUAUACUUUUUGUUUUUUUUUUACUUUUUCUUUCAAAUAACUACGUUCUAAAAGUAUAACCUAGAACAUUAGUGUGAUAAUAGUGACUUAUUCUAGUGCAGUUUAGUAUAAUUGAACUAGAUACAACAGCAAUAAAAUUAAUGUACAUAAUUACUAUUGGUUCAAUGAUCAAAGUGAUUUCUUUUAAAAUGAAGAUUGUUUUGGUGGGUACCUAAUUUAGCCUAACUGAGCAUUCAAGCGUUUUAGAACAAAGUAUCUAUACACCGUAAAUAAAUUGCAUUUGACAGUAUUAGGAAUGAGAAACAAUACAUGUACUUAAACACUAUUACUGAAUUUUAAAGUAGUAUUGAUAAAAAGUUAAUCAGCUUUUUGAAGAUAAACAAGCUACAGCAUCAUGCAAAUUCCUUUGUGAACGCACAAAUUUAAUUCCUUUUGAAACAAUAUUUCAAGCGCUAUUACUAAAUUAGCAACUUUAUUAGAUACCCACCAUAACCAACCAUAUAUUUAACCUGUUAAACAACUGUAAUAAUAAUUCAAAGAGGCCUUUAAUAAAGAACAGAUAUUGAUAUAAAACUAUAGUCAAAUUUAAUAGUUACGUUGUAUUUAUACAUUUUAAUAUGUUCUAUGAUAUAAUGAUCAAAAUAUACCGAGAUGGAAAUAUAUACUUCUAAUGUAUAAAGUUGACCUCGAAAAUGUACUGUAAAUAAACUGAAAUAAUGUCUAGUAAUGUGCUGAAAUAAAGACUGAAUUCUAAUGUUUUGUUAAUGUAUGUUAUGUAUACUAAUAACUUAAGCGUAAUAUUUUUACUUAGACUAGAUGCAGCAUAAUGUAACGAUAGAGUUAUAUGUCGUUAUAUAUCUCGAAAUGCUCAAACGUUACUUAAUUUUUAAGUUAAGCAGUUCUUAAAUUGAGUGGCGUUUGAGUAUUCGGCCGAUAGUGAAUUAUAGUGACGUUGUUACGUCGUAGUUACAGUGCCAAUAACUGAAACUGCAGGAUCAUUUUAUACAACCUUAUUGAAAUCACCAAAAUAAUUCCAGGCUAGGUUAUAAAUCAUAGUACCUACCUAUUUGUAGUCGGAAUAAAGGUUGCUAUAGUAAAUGCUUAAUAACUCUUAACCAAGAAUAACAAAAUAAUGAUUCUCAAAAGGACGUUUCAAGAAAUAAAAUUAAGUUUUAACGAAUUGAUAUCAUCUUAUAGGCAUUGUACUGUUACUGUUUAUAAAAUGAUCUUGCAGAUAUAUUAGGUUCUCCAUUAAACCACUUAAAUGAACUAUAAUGUUUUACUUCCACUUUGAACGAAAUAAGAACUUAUCACUAUUAAUUAACAAAUGCUUUCCUAUGUAUGAACUAAAAUCAAAUGAAAUGAUGUUAAUGGUGUCAUGAUAUAGCUAUUCAUGAAUGGUUUUAUUAUGCAAUAAUAAUUGUAGCAAUAAUUCAAUUGAACCACAAACUGAAGAGUCAUAUGUAAGAAUUGAGCCAUUUAUGAAAAGGGAAAUAAUUUUAUAAUAUCUUAUUGUACCAUUGAUUGCACACUUAUGAAGUUUUCAAAGUUUAAAGGCAUUAAUGAAAUCUUGAUCCCAACGGGUUUUAACCGCAAGUUACAUUGCAUAUUAUUUUAAAUCUACAUCCAUAUAAAAUAAUCGAGCAUUUGUUACACAAAAACUUUUAAUCAUCGUAUUCCACGGCGGACUUGGUUUGCCGAGCCUUAUAACAUAUGGUUAUACAAUAAAAAAGUUUUAAGAAAUGUUUUAACUUUUAAGUAUUCACAAUACCUUUACUGAUAAUUUUUUAAAUUUAAAAGAGCAGAAACAAGCUUCGCAUUGAUUUUACACGUUUUAAUAAUAAAUACACACAUCUAAAACAAAGAAGGUAAUGUAUUACUUAAUUUAUUAAUUUAAUAAUUUAUUCUUCCAAUCAAUCUGCUUUCAAAAUAACUUAGAAGAAUUCUAUAAAUAUAUCUUAAACAGUCAUAUACUUUGAAUGAAAUAUUUUUUGUGUCUCCUUCCAAUACAUUAUAUGUAAAUAUCGAUGCUUCCGAAAGACAAGUAACUGUUCAUAAGUUCACGGAGUCUAUGUACCACCAAGUUUUGUACAUUGUAAAUACUUGUAACGUAUAGUUCAAGAGAAUAAAUGAGUUUCUUGUUA